GGAAGACGUCAAUACUGACGUGAGUCAUCGCUUCGGCAACUUACUCCAGACCUAGACCCUUUACUUUUUUGAGACACAUAUAUAGGGCACCCGGUUCGUUCUCUCCUCGUCCCCACCUUAUUAUUCCCUCUUCACCACUGCCAUAUCGCUCCUCGCCUCCAGGCUGAGACUCUCCCUUUUCAUUCAUAUAUGUUAGCCUUUCAGUCUCAGUCUUAUCCUUUCGCGCCUGCAAGCCAGGGCUCUCCCGACUUUUAUUCAUCCUUGGCCACCGACUUCUCCUCCUAUAUCACUCCUAUCCCUGCUCCCCCCUACGAUAUGCGUGGCAGGCAGGCCCAAUACACAGAGUCUGCAUCUCAACGUCGCGAGCGGGUCGAAUUUCUGCGCAAGCGUGAGUGGGCGCGGCGCGUUGCUGAGUGGAUACGCGAAACCAGUGCACGCCAGGAUGUGCUGUCUUUUGGCCGUUCUGGCCCCCUCGCCACACCUUUCGGCCAGGACCUUGAUAGCCCAAGGCUCUCGUCCUCCUCCACCUCGUCUUUGCCACUUUCCCGCGACUCGUCUGAUGACGAUGAUGAACCAUAUGUUAUAUAUAGCUCAUCACCUUCGUCCUCCAUGUCCUCACUUUCCGAUGAUACACCCGUCUAUCAGACCUCGAGCAUCCAUAACUUACACAGUGGUUUGAAUACCCAGUCCUACCAAACACCCCCAGCGGUACAGAAAAGCCAUCGCAGACGCAGAAGUGGUCAGCGCACUCCCGGACGUAAAUCUUCGUUGUCCAGCAUCUACGAAGUUCCUGAGGAGGACUAGAGACCCAGCAAGUUAACGGUUCAAUCAUUGGCAUUUGGUCGUGCGUUGUGGCGGCGAUUUAUUAAAGAUGCGGUGCAUUCGCCAUGCUCUUAAGCACUGCCAAGGCGGGCUUUGACAGAUCGCUUUGUACACAGCACCGCAUCGUCGCAGCCGUGGCGCGUCGUAAAGCUCUCGACAUGCCUCGAAGGUUCAUCAUGGCUCCAUUUGACUCGGUGCCGCGUUAACCCUCGGGGUAUCAAUGCAUAUUAUUCAUCUUCAAAAGUUGUCAUCAACGAUGACUAUUUAGUUAUACCAUCUCUUUUGCUGGCAUACCCGGUUCUCAUGAUAUCGUGAUAUGGACUUUGGUGCUAACUUAUCCUACUAGUGAUACAUAGUUAUUGACUAGCUAAUCUAUGUAGCAUUUACUUGUACAAUUUAUUGGUGUAACAUCUUGAAUAUAUUCAUCUUUCUUAAAAGUUUAA